GGACAUCCUGGUUUGAUUGGCCUGAUUGGACCUCCAGGAGAACAGGGUGAAAAGGGUGAUAGGGGUCUUCCUGGCCCACAGGGAUCUCCUGGAGCCAAGGGUGAUGCAGGAAUUUCUGGUCCUGCUGGUCCACUUGGACCCCCUGGUCCUCCUGGUUUACCUGGUCCCCAGGGUCCAAAGGGUUCUAAAGGAUCCAGCGGUCCUGCUGGUCAAAAGGGUGACAGUGGGUUACCUGGUCCACCUGGUCCUCCAGGCCCUCCGGGUGAGGUAAUCCAGCCACUGCCAAUCCAGUCACCCAAGAAGACAAGAAGAUCUCCUGAUUAUAUGUUAUCUGAUGCUGGUGACAAUAUUCUGGAUUAUUCCGAUGGCAUGGAAGAGAUCUUUGGUUCACUGAAUUCGCUGAAGCAAGACAUUGAGCACAUGAAGUACCCAAUGGGCACUCAGAAUAACCCUGCCCGAACCUGCAAAGACUUGCAACUCUGUCACCCAGACUUCCCAGAUGGGGAAUAUUGGAUUGAUCCUAACCAGGGCUGUUCUGGAGACUCCUUCAAAGUAUACUGCAAUUUCACAGCAGGUGGGGAAACUUGCAUCUACCCAGAUAAGAAAUCUGAAGGAGUUAGAAUUUCAUCAUGGCCAAAGGAGAAUCCAGGAUCUUGGUUUAGUGAAUUCAAGCGAGGCAAACUUCUCUCCUAUUUGGAUGUUGAAGGCAAUUCCAUUAAUAUGGUCCAAAUGACAUUCCUUAAACUACUGAGUGCCUCUGCCAGACAAAAUUUCACUUAUAACUGUCACCAGUCUGUAGCUUGGCAUGACGCCCCAUCUGACAGCUAUGACAAAGCACUGAGGUUCUUAGGAUCGAACGAUGAAGAAAUGUCUUACGACAACAAUCCUUACAUCAAAGCUCUUCACGACGGCUGUGCAGUAAGUACAGGCUCAAAGAGCCUUUACAAAACCAACCUGUCAUUUAAAGUAGAAAUCAGAAAGCUAUUUUUCAUAGCUUUCUUCUGAGAAAAGCUUUCUAAACACUUUACUUUUCAUAUACUGACUUUUAGUAGAUUUUUAACUACAGUACACUAGUCCCAUAUUUAAUUUUCACAUAGGUACCAAAA